AUGAGAGCGAAGGCCUCGGUCGGUCCGUUGGGACGAGACUUUGCGGUCACCCCCGACACGAUCCCCGUCAAGGAGAUCGUUACAGCCACCGAGGUCGCUUGCCAGAAACUUGACCAAGAGGAGGCAUCGCUACUGAGGAACGAGGUAGUAGGCAUUCUGCAGAAUGCCAAACCCCCGAAGCCUAACCUUACCAAGGAGGAGAAACGUGCCAUUAAGUCACUGAAAGGUAACAAGGACAUCGUCAUCCUCCCUGCCGAUAAAGGUAAGGCUGUUGUAGUCAUGGACAGAACAGAAUAUGUAGCACAAUGUGAAAAACUGCUCGAUGACAAGAAUACCUACAAAGUUAUCGGGCCCACGAAUCCCACCAAGAAACUCAAGGGCAGAUUACAGAGGAAGUUGAGGGAGAUAAAGAAGGCAGGACAUCUCGACCCAAAAGUAUAUGACAAGAUUUACCCCACUUCAGAUGCCACCCCUAGUGUCCCGGGGAAAGAGGUGGUUCAGAUGGCGGUUAAGAGGGCUGAGGAGGACCCUAGCUGGAAGAGUCGUACCCUGCUCACUCCUGAGGAAUUUGGGGAUCUCCUCCUGUUGGUUGUGAGCACCACAUAUUUCCAGUACAACAACAUGAUUUACGAACAAACGUAUGGUAUGGCAAUGGGCUCCCCGCUAUCCCCCGUGCUUGCCAAUUUGUUCAUGGAAGAGUUUGAAAGGAAAGCCCUGGACACAGCCCCACACCGCCCCAAGUUUUGGGGUAGGUACGUGGAUGACACUGGGAUAGUCAACCAGCAAGCACAUGAGCAAGAACUCUUUGAACAUAUUAACCAACAACACGACAGUAUUAAGUUUACGAUGGAGAGAGAACAAGAUGGUCGCCUCCCCAUGUUAGAUGUGAUGUUGAUUAAGAACCAGGACCGUACCAUCACCACGGAUGUCUACCGGAAGAGACACACACAGACCACUACCUACAGUGGUCCUCCAACCACCCCAUCCAGCAGAAACUCGGCAUUGUUAAAACCUUAA